CGCUUCCAGGCACUGCCUGUGGACCAGGCAGAAUGGAAGGAAGCAUUUGCCGGGAAACAAUGACUAGGAACCAAAAGGGAAACAUCUUUCACCCCCACAGCUUCCAUCAGUCGCUGCCCCCACGGCUGGGAUGGGGCAUGAUUUUCUCCUACGUAAAACCGACAAACAAGGAGUGCACCUCUGUCUCCAACGUGCCACCAGUCUUUCACUUCAGCCCCCAGCACUGUGCACACCUCAAGAACCAAUAUUUGAAAACAGCUGCUUCAAACCUUACUUUCUCGCAAGAGGUAGUGUGGCAGCGAGGGCUACCCAGCAUUCCUUACGGCCAAUACAGCUUUGACCACCUUUACAACACGGACAACAUCAUCCAACCUCCCCACACCAGAAAGGCCCGACCUGAGAAACCUGUCAGCUUCAAGUUCUUGGAUUCUUCAGGUCCCUCAGCAAGGGUCACCUCCCAGGCUGUGAAAACAGUAAGCUUUAACAAUCUUAAGAAGAAGCUAAAGAAAUCAAAGUCAGAAAGCACAGUCCAGGAAACAUCUUGCCCUCUCAUUCAUCCCUGCAGGGAUCCAGACAGACUGAGUCUGUCACUUUCUCCAGAUGUGAACCUGGAGGAGAGGGAAGCCUGGCUUCCACCCCAUGAGAAGGAGGCCAGAGCCUGGGAGGCCAUCGUGCUGGAAAAGCUGAACAAGCGCACUGCCCGGUGGAUCCAGAAUAAGCGUCCUUUAAGGCCUGGGGCAUCCCCCAACAAGUGGCAGAACUUCUUACGCCAGCAAUACGACUGGAGCCACAUCCGGGAUGAGCUCACCUCCACCAGCGACCUAGAGCUCUUGAAACAGCUGGAAGAAGAAGAGAGAGCAGAUUUUGAGGGUCGAAGUAUCAUCCUUCCCACCCAGGAAGGAAAGGAGCCAGAGCUGCUGCUUCCUGUUUAUUACAGACUGCCCAAUUACUUACCACAAGUGCAAAGAACUGAAACUGCCUCUGGCCAGAACAAGACUGCUGAGGAUAUCACUGGAAAGAGGCCCACCUGCCAGCUGCCAAAUCAGAGCUGCUUCCAGGGGGUGAAUCCUCGAGCUGGAAAGUUUGCUUACUCCACCGACAACACCUUUGAACAGGACAUUUACUUUGAUAAAGUCCAGAUCAUCCACCAGAUUGGUGCAAAGAGAGACCAAAUUUUCCUGGAAAAUCUCAACCAGUACAACAAGCAGCUAUCUAAGGUCUUCCCUGAAACCCCAGAAAGGUGGACUUCCCAGCCAGUUCCUGAAGCACCUUGCAGGCCUGUGAAAGGAGCCCUGUGCCGGACAGCUUUGCCCACCCCAGCCAAGGAUCUGCUGCUGCCGGUUGGUGAAGAGGAUAUGUCCAUUAAGACCAGGAAACUGAAGAUGCAGGCAGAAUCAUUGGAGGAUUGGAAACUGGUGGUCCUUCAGAGGAUGCUGCAGGAAUGGAAGACUGCCUGGGCUCUAAUCAUUGAGUGGCACCAUGAGACAAUAGAGGGCCUGCUGCGAAGUUUGGUGGACAUGAAUGAUAAUGCUCGGAUCCAAGCUAUCGUCACAUGUGCCACAGCUGCUUUAGAACGGCCCCGGAUUGCCAUCAGCCAGGGGGACUCAGACAAGGAGGAGACUGUGAAAGCCCCAUUGAUCCAGGACUUGCCAGAAGUUCUAAAGCCCGCUCUGGAGGCUGCUCUUUGUGACAAGAAUGUGAAUGUGCAGAUGGCAGCAGCAAUAUGCCAAUAUGUCAUCCAGUCACAUAAUCCCCUUGCCCGGGACAUCAUGCAGAAUGCGCUUUUGAAGGGUAAUAGCGUGGAUAGCUGGGCUGCAGCUCAGUGCUUGGCUCUGGAUGGUGCUGCCACUUACCCCGUGAUUAAGAGGAUCCUCCAUCAGCUGUUUAACAAAAGGAAUGAGGACACUGAACACCAGGCGUGCAUGCUCCUGAGUCAUCUCAGUGGGAAGAUGACCCAGAUACACACGAUACUUGCUGUGGAGCUCAAUAGCCGCCAAUGGAAGGACCGGAUUAUGGCCUGCCAGGCUCUCCCGCGGAUCAGUGGAACUGUCUGUUUGGAUAUAAAACAUAAGUUGAUCCAGCUGAUGUGGAAUGACUGGAAUAAGGAAGUAAGACAAGCAGCUGCCAAAGCUCUGGGGCAAAUGAGUCUUGGGAAAGAGGUGCAUGACACAAUCAGAGUCAAGCUGUGUCAAGGAAAUUCCCAAGAGCGUGUGGAAGCCCUGUUCCUGAUCAGCGGGCUCAAGUUCAUGACUGCCAAGCUUCUCCCAAGUUUCCUAAACUGCUUCUCUGAUGACUUCAUGGCAGUUCGGCGGGCAGCCUGUUUAGCAGCAGGUGCUCUGCAGAUCCGUAAUACAAUGGUCAUUAAAUGUCUUCUGAAUUUGAUACAGAAAGAUCCUUACUGGAAAAUCAAGGCCUUUGCCAUUCGAGCUUUGGGACAGAUUGGCCAAGUGAGUCCCCAGCUAACAGACCUCCUGCUCUGGGCUGUACACUAUGAAGCAUCACCAGGUGUUCGACUAGAAGCUUGCCGUAGCAUCCUAGCCCUCAAACUUCAAGGGGACCGGGUCAGGGACACCUUCCUAGACGUGCUGCUCCUAGAAAAUCAUGAUGCUGUUCUAAAGGAAAUUCACCAGGCAAUGAAGAUACUCAACUUAGAAAAUGAGGGGAACAAAGAACUGCUUCAGGAGAUCAAAAACAGGAUUCAAACACUAAGCCAAAAGGACUUGCUGACGCAGAAAAUAUUCAAGAUCGAGAUGGUCAUAAAAAAAGUGAAGGCGGAAGCAAAACAUAUUUACUUGCAACCCAAAGAGGGGCAAAAACCACUGAAACUCCAUACUUUUCUUCAAGAAACUUUUCGUGAUGAGGUGGUGGUUUCUAGAAGACCAUCUGAGUUUUUUGACAUUGAAUCAGUCAUAAAGCCUUUGAGGCCCCGCACACCAAAUCCCUGGUCACAGAGUCCAGUCCUUGGCGUAAACACAAGAAGCAAAGGUCACUCAUCACUUGUCAAAGAUCUACGCACCACCCGGGAAAAAAGGAUUGCAAUGGGACCAUUUGGAUCUGACAGCCCAGGUUUCUAG